AUGAACAACUCGUCUCGCACAGCAUUGAUCAUGGCAGCUCGUAACAGAUAUUUAGAGACAUUAGAACUUCUCUUGAAUGUUCCAGGCAUAGAGAAGAGCAGCGUCGACAAGAAAACACUCAACGCGUCGACAACAGUUUUUCUCCACCACAAACAGUGCGUUGAGUGUCUUCUAAACGAUAAAGAUGUCAAUCCACAACUUCCUGGCGAUUCCGGUUUCAAACAUCUUCACAUCGCUUUAUCGAAUGAUUUCUCUGACUUAAUCAUUCUGUUAGCUGAGAGAGAUGACGUUGGCUUGAACUGCGUAAACUCAAUACAAUGGACACCUCUCCAUGUUGUAGCCAAAUACGGAUCAACAAGUUUUGUCGAAGAGUCGCUGAAACACGAAAACAUCGAUAUCAAACUUCAGAACUUGAUGAAGAGAACUCCUAUUUUCAACUCGAUUGAAAGCGAAAAAAAUCGAAGUUGUCAAAGUUUUACUUUCUCGUGA